AUGGCGUCAUCAGCGCCUUUUAAGAUUUUUAGAGCUCCCCCCAUUCCGGCUCCUACCGGUCGUCGGCCGAUCGGUUUCCGCGGGAACCACCAACAUAAAAAGGCCCUUUACGACCCUGUAUUCAGAACUACAACCGUGCCGUCAAACUUAGUUCCGCGUUACCCCAUCGAUUGGCGAAACGGGGGCCGGGCUCUGUUGGUGGCUGCUCUGCACAAGUUGGAGGGGAACUACCGGCUGCUUCCGCGUGCACAGCAUCCACUGCAGUGCCAAGCUCCGCUCGACCCAGGCUCGCUAACGGUCGCAGGGGACAGUUGUGCAGGGGGGUGCUCAGUUGAGUCACUCGUCACUUUGGGGCGCAGACGGAGUGGCAGAGCAGGAUACGCUGCUGGGGCGGCUGCCAAGCGGCUUGUGCUGAGACAUCGAAGGGCCCUGCAGUGGCAGGAAGGCGGAUUCUGCAACAGCAAGUGUGGUAUGGCGUGUAGCAAAAGCCCUUGGAGGUGUUUGUGCGCCUGGAGAUGCAGAGGCUUCCAUCAACAUGCAAACCGAAUGGAUGCGAUCCUGAUGAGUCACAAGGGGCCAGUGGACUCCGACAAGCCACUUUUUAGUGUAAAAAGAGCAGAAGUUGCUCCAUCCAGACUGGCAAGUGAGGGGAUGAUCUUCUGCACCCGAAAAGGUGCCUUCGUGCACACAGCUGAAAAGUUGCACCAGGCAUUCGCCGCCAUCGAUGUAGAGAAAAGGCGAGAGGAAACAUCAACGCAGCGGUCGCGGGCGGUAUGCUGGGGAAUUGAAGAAGACUUGGGAGCUGACAGUGACGGCGAAGAGGAUUUGGACGAGGAGGCAGAAGAUCUCUUGAAGUUUUUGUCGAAGAGCCGAAGCUCCGCAUAA